CAACGCUUCCCGCAAGUUCCAAUCACCGCUUCCUUCUCUCUUGAAUGAAAAGCCAGAGAUCCAGUGAGGGGGUUACAGUCGGACGCCGGAGGCAGGAAGCUCGGUAGCUCGAGUGGGGGCGCGAGACCAAUACCCGAGUCGAGCGGCUCUCCUCGAAGCACGCGGAGGCGAACGGGAACCAGCACCAUGGCAGAACAGGAUGUGGAGAAUGAGCUUCUGGACUAUGAGGAAGAUGAAGAGCCCCAGGCGCCUGCAGAGAGCACUCCAGCUCCCCCUAAGAAAGAUGUCAAGGGUUCCUACGUCUCCAUCCACAGCUCAGGCUUCCGGGACUUUCUGCUGAAGCCGGAGCUCCUGAGGGCCAUAGUGGACUGUGGCUUUGAGCACCCAUCAGAGGUGCAGCACGAGUGCAUUCCUCAGGCCAUUCUGGGCAUGGAUGUCUUGUGCCAGGCCAAGUCAGGGAUGGGCAAGACGGCAGUCUUUGUGCUGGCCACCCUGCAGCAGAUCGAGCCUGUCAACGGACAGGUAACAGUCUUGGUGAUGUGCCACACACGGGAGCUAGCCUUUCAGAUCAGCAAGGAAUAUGAGCGCUUCUCCAAGUACAUGCCUAGUGUCAAGGUGUCUGUGUUCUUCGGAGGCCUCUCCAUCAAGAAGGAUGAAGAGGUAUUGAAGAAGAACUGUCCCCAUGUAGUGGUAGGGACUCCGGGCCGAAUCCUGGCACUUGUGCGUAACCGGAGUCUCAACCUGAAGAAUGUGAAGCACUUUGUGCUGGAUGAGUGUGACAAGAUGCUGGAGCAGCUGGACAUGCGGCGGGAUGUACAGGAGAUCUUCCGCCUUACACCCCAUGAGAAGCAGUGCAUGAUGUUCAGUGCCACCCUCAGCAAAGAGAUCCGGCCCGUCUGCAGGAAAUUCAUGCAAGAUCCCAUGGAGGUAUUUGUGGAUGAUGAGACCAAGCUCACCCUACAUGGGCUGCAGCAGUACUAUGUCAAGCUCAAAGACAGUGAGAAGAACCGCAAACUCUUCGACCUACUGGACGUGCUGGAGUUUAACCAGGUGGUGAUCUUUGUGAAGUCGGUUCAGCGCUGCAUGGCCCUAGCCCAGCUCCUUGUGGAGCAGAACUUCCCAGCCAUUGCCAUCCACAGGGGCAUGGCCCAGGAGGAGCGGCUGUCACGCUAUCAGCAGUUCAAGGACUUCCAGCGGCGGAUCCUGGUGGCCACCAAUCUGUUUGGCCGAGGGAUGGACAUUGAACGAGUCAACAUCGUUUUCAACUAUGACAUGCCUGAGGAUUCAGACACCUACCUCCAUCGGGUGGCUCGUGCAGGCCGCUUUGGCACCAAAGGCUUGGCCAUCACUUUUGUGUCUGAUGAGAACGAUGCCAAAAUCCUCAAUGAUGUUCAGGACCGGUUUGAAGUGAAUGUGGCAGAACUUCCUGAGGAAAUCGAUAUUUCCACAUACAUUGAGCAGAGCCGGUAACCAUGUGCUGGUGGCCCAGAAAUACCUUGCUUCCCACGUGCUUCUUCAGGUCCUCUUUCUAGGCAACAGUGGGGCUUUCUUUUUACUGUUGAAGGCUGUAGAUUUGUGUAAGAAUAAAUUUUUAUUAUGUAUG